AUGCGCUCUGGUGCCGAGUCUUUAAAGCGUACGAAGCCUACCAAACGACCUCUGCAGGCCAUCGAUCCAGAUCCUCCGCCAACAAGCAAGCACUGUCGACUUAAGCCGCCGCCAACUCCCUCGCCAACUGCAUUGCCAACUUACAUCCAGCCCUACAAAAGACGACCCUCGCACAAGCAGCCAAGCAAAGCUUCGCGUCCUCUCAAACGAGUCUGUGAAGAACCCGAUUCUGAGCCUGCGAAUAAGCGCAAAGUUCUCAAUUGGCUCUCAACCAUCGAAUCAGUAACUGCCCCGCCAGAAGUCACCAGCAGCAAGACCUUUGGGACCGUGGGCGAACCCUCCUCUCCUCACACCUCUUCUCACACAUUGCAAGCGGUGAUGGAUCGAAUAUCGCAGAAAGAAGGACAAAACUCUGGGGCAAGCUCGAUUGGAUCCUCUCAAAGUGAGAUACCCAGUACCUCGAAUCCCAUAUUCCGUUCGGUACUCUCUAGGAACCAUGUCACGAUCGACCCUUCAGGAAGGGAAAUGUCGCCAGAAGUCAGAGGUUUGGUAGAGACACACAUUCUCAAGAGACGAUUAUCUCCGCGACCAGAGGAUGAAGACAAGUCGAAAGUCGUGGACCAAGUACUGAAAGUUUGGGACAAGUCCGAACCCACCGUAUCGGACAUCAUUGAGAGUCUUGCGUUCCCUGUCGACCGUCGCGGCAUUGCAGAAGGACACAACACACAAUGGUCUACCAAACCGAUGCCGAGAAAUGCUAAUUCCGACUGGACUGAUACGGAAAUUGCCGCUGCAGAUCAUCACGCGGCACGGCCAUAUACACAACCGACGGAAGAAAACAUACUCCCGUUCUUUGUAGUCGAGGUCAAAUCAGAGGCUACUGGCACUGCGUGGGCAGGCCGAUCCCUCGACGAGGCCGACUAG